CUCUCUCUCUCUCUCUCUCUCUCUAUCUCAAGCCUUUUCGAGAGUUUGUGGCGAGCCAGGCAGUCAACAUAAUGUGUCAACAAGCAUCUUCUUCUCCUCUGUUCUGCAAACGUGAGAAGGACAGCAACUCAUCUUACCGUCCCUCGAUGGAGAACCCAGACAUUGAGUCUGAUGUGAACACCCCAUUAGUCGUCAAAGCCUCGCCAACUGGACGACCAUCUAACAGUACCCAUCUCCCACUCUCUCAGGCCGUCAAGGAGGCCAAGUCUAUCUCCCGCAUAGCCCUCCCCAUGAUCCUCACCGGACUCCUCCUCUACUCGCGCUCCAUGAUCUCGAUGCUCUUCCUCAGCCGCCUCGGCGACCUCGCCCUCGCCGGCGGGGCCCUUGCCGUUGGCUUCGCGAACAUCACCGGCUACUCCGUCCUCUCCGGCCUCGCAAUGGGCAUGGAGCCCAUCUGUGGCCAGGCCUUUGGUGCUAAGAGGCUUUCCGUCUUAGGCAUCACCCUUCAAAGGACCGUCCUCUUGCUCCUCCUGACCUCAAUCCCAAUUUCUCUCCUCUGGCUCAACAUGAAAUCCAUCCUGCUCAUGUGCGGCCAGGACGAGUCCAUCUCGGCCCAAGCUCAGUCCUAUCUUCUCUACUCAGUCCCUGACCUUUUGGCUCAAUCUCUGCUUCACCCACUGAGGAUCUACCUCAGAAGCCAAUCCAUCACCCUCCCCCUCACCUUCUGUGCCUCUCUCUCCAUGCUCCUCCACAUACCCAUCAACUACUUCCUCGUCUUGCACCUUGGCCUCGGCAUCAAGGGCGUCGCGCUCAGCGCCGUCUGGACCAACUUCAACCUCGUGGUGUCUCUGGUGAUUUACAUCAUCUGGUCUGGCGACCACAAGGACACCUGGGGUGGCUUCUCAUUAGAGUGCUUCAGAGAAUGGAGGACCCUCCUCGGUCUCGCCGUCCCAAGUUGUGUCUCGGUGUGCCUCGAGUGGUGGUGGUACGAGAUCAUGAUCCUGCUUUGCGGCCUAUUGCUUAACCCUAGGGCGACCGUUGCAUCAAUGGGGUUACUGAUACAGACAACAGCAUUCAUCUAUAUAUUCCCAUCGUCACUCAGCUUCAGCGUGUCAACAAGGGUCGGGAAUGAGCUCGGUGCAAACCGCCCUAAAAUGGCACGGCUUGCAGCCGCCGUCGGGCUCGGGCUCAGCUUCAUCCUAGGUUUCUCGGCACUGCUCUUCGCCGUGACGGUGAGGAACCAUUGGGCCGGGAUGUUCACAGUGGAUCGGGACAUUGUGGCAUUGACAUCAGCGGUGCUGCCAAUCAUUGGGCUGUGCGAGCUUGGGAAUUGCCCACAGACGACUGGCUGCGGCGUGCUGCGAGGGAGCGCGAGGCCCAAGAUCGGCGCUAACAUAAACUUGGGGUGUUUCUACCUGGUCGGGAUGCCGGUAGCAGUUGGGCUUGCAUUCUAUUGCCGGGUCGACUUCGCAGGUUUGUGGCUGGGGCUUUUGGCGGCACAAGCAUCGUGCUUGGUGAGUAUGUUGGUGGUGCUAGGGCGUACGGACUGGGAACACCAGGCCCUGAGAGCUCAGGAGCUCACCAAGGCCAAGGCUUGUGUUGCUGUGGAUGACGGGGGUGAUGAAGUUGAGGAAGAAGGGAAUAAGAAGAAGAGGAUGCAGCACAAUAAUGGUGAACUCAAGGAAGAUGAUGAUAGUUCACCCGUUUGAUGGAAAAUUCUUCUUUUGAAGUUCUCACCGCUUCUUCAUUCUCGUUUUUCCUCAUCUUUCCGGGGGGUUUUUCUGGGUCAAUCUCGUAUUCUUGAAUGUGCAGUUUUGAGAGAGAGAAAGAGAGAAAAGGAGGAGAGGGAAAGCCUCUUUAUCUUGAAUAAUGCUAACAUGUCACAUAUUAAUUUGAAAAAUUUACAUGUCGGAUGAUUUCAUCCGAGGUUUGAAUGCGACCUACGCAUUUAAGUGAUCGAAUACUAUACGUGUUAUCUUACACGAUAUAUUAAUUUUGUACGAGAAUCUUCAUAUUUUUCUUU